AUGACGCAGCCGAAUCGCGUCCGCGCGCAAAAAAAGUUAUCAGCGAUUGAGGGGGAAAAAGAUUUAGAUUCGAGUACGGAAUCACAAGCAAAAUCACAGCCAGAAUCGCAAACACAAUUACAAUUACCAACUCCCCCAUCCUCCUCUACACCCACACCUUCAAGCUCACCAUCUCCCUCCACCCAAACCCGCAAACAAAAACGGCGCGCCCUCCUCGCCGAAUCCCUCGCUCUCUCACUCCACAACUCCAGCUUCCCUAAUCCCGCUCCCGAAAGCGAUGUACCCAGCCGCACAACCAUCCUCAUCUCACCACACCAUCUAACACCCCCAACUCCCAACCUUCCGCCCACAAUGUCCACCCCCACCCGUCUCCUCAUCUGCUCCAUCGGCAACCCCGCCCCCUACACCAAUACCCUCCACUCCGCCGGGCACACAAUCCUCAGUCUCCUCGCGCCCUCCCUCUCCAACCCCUCCUUCCAAAAAUCUCGCUCCUACGGAAACGGUCUCCUAUCCUCCGGCUCCACAUAUACGCUCUGGAAAUCCAGUUCUCUGAUGAACAUUUCCGGAGUGGGUGUCACAUCCGCCUGGACGAGUUUCCAGCGGGAAUCUUCUUCUGCGGAAUGUAAACUCGUCGUCAUACAUGAUGAGUUGGAAUUACCAGCGGGAAGAAUAAAUGUGAAGCCGGGGAGUAACAGUCCGAAGGGUCAUAAUGGGUUGAAGAGUAUUCGGGAUACGUUGCGGGGACAACCAUAUACGCGGAUUGGGAUAGGCAUUGGGAGGCCGGAGAGUAGGGAUGCGGGAGUCGUGGCGAAUUAUGUGUUGAGGAAGAUGAGUGCUGAGGAGAAGAGAAAAAUUGAGGGGUGUGUGGGAAAGGUCCUCGAGGAGCUGGCGAGGUUGAGUGGAGAGUAG